CGGCCGAUCGCGCCUGCGCAGUCGCCCCCCUGCCGGCCAUGGAGGCGCUGUGGGCGGUGCUGGACGAAGUGGCCCUGGAGGGGCUGGACGGGGUGACCCCCGGGGCGCUGUGGGAGCGCCUGGCCGGCCGCCUCCCGCCCUUCCCGCUGCUUUUAGAUAAGAAUAAAAUCUGCAUUGCCAAUCUUUUUAUCCAUCUUGAGAUUCAGCCUCCCAUUGGUGUUUUCGGUUCCAGGUAUGAAGAAAUUGAUCUGGAGACGGGAAUCCUGGAGACCAAGCGGGAUCCGGUCCCCCUGGAUGACAUUUAUCCCGUGCACAUGGUCUUGGACCACAGCGAGGGCAUCCAGGGGUCAUGCCGGUAUUUUAAAGAGAGGCUGGAUGUUACCGACCAGGUCAGGACAAAGGAUCUGCAGGCCUGUUGCACCUACGAGGAGGCUUAUGAUAAGUGGGGCGAGAGGCUGGUCCUCGUGGCCUCCCAGGUGCUGCGUCACAGAACGCUGAUAGGCUGGGAAGGGGAUCCGGACCUGAAGCUUCCCGACUUCUCCUACUGCAUCCUGGAGCGCUUGGGGCGUGCUCGGUGGCAAGGAGAGCUCCAGAGGGACCUCAGUGCGGCUUUCAAGGUGGACGCUGGCAAGCUGCACUAUCACCGGAAAGUCUUGGACAAAAAUGGGCUCAUCUCCAUGCAGUCCCACGUGAUCCGGUUGCCGACGGGGGCCCAGCAGCACUCCAUCCUUCUGCUUCUGACCCGCUUUCACGUCGACAGGAGGAGCAAAUAUGAUAUCCUGAUGGAGAAGCUGUCCACUCUCCUUAGUAGUCGGCCCGGUCAGAUGGAAACGCUGAGCAACAUCCGGGAGGAGCUGGGCCUAUGCGAGAAAACAUUUAAACGUCUUUAUCAGUAUAUGCUGAACGCUGGCCUGGGCAGGAUUGUGUCUGUUCCGCUGCAGGAUGUUCGUCCGGAAGGAGGCCCCUUCAAGACCAAGAAGGGCACGGAUGUCAUGGUUCGCUGCAUGAAGUUGGUGAAGGCAUUCCGGAAGAAGGUGGAUGAUUAUGACGAUGACGAGGAGAUGAUCACCAAGACCGUGCAGCCGGUGGACAUUGUGUACGAGAAGGACAUGCUGUCGCAAGCCUACGAGCUGAUUGAAAGUUGGGGGACUAAAGGCAUUUCUCAGGCCGAACUUCGGGCGGCCAUGAACGUGGGCAAGCUGGAAGCCCGGAUGCUGUGCCGCCUCUUGGAAAGGUACAAGGUGAUCAAGGGCUUCAUGGAGGACGAAGGCAGGCAGAGGACGACCAAGUACAUCACGUGCCCGUACGUGGAGGAGAGCGACCUGAGCCGGCAGUUGCAGCGGGAGAAGGCCCGGAGUGAGCAGCUGGCCAUGGCCACGGUGGCCACUGCCGCCGCCGCUGCCCACGAGGACUCCCUGCCGGUGGCAGAGCUCUCUCCACCUGAGGAGGAGACGGCCCUGCUCUCUGAGUCAGAGAGGGAAGAGGAAGCGAAGGAAGGCCAGCGGGCUAGGAAGGCCAGCCUGCUGCCUGUGCAGAAGCCCGGCUGCCGUGGUGGUGAUCGUGGCCCAUUCCAUUCAACGCCACUGAGAGGAGCCAGGAAGCGGUCCACUCGCCGGGCCACCCCAAGGAAGCCGUCUCCUUUGCAUCCUCUGGAAUCCACCCGAGAGCACCCGGAUGCCUCGGCAGAAGCCGAUUCCACCCUGGACAGGCUCAAGCAAGAAGCCGCCCUCUCCAGUUGUGUCCAUGUUCAGGAGGACGCAGGUGAUGUGGCCGUGGUGGAGGAAGUCAAGCCGGAGACUCCCAAAAAGAGCUGCGAGGACAAGAGGAAAGAGAAGCGCCCUCGCGCCCUGGCAGCCGAGCGCUCACACGAGACCUACCGGCUCCUGAAGCGGCGCAACCUCAUCAUCGAGGCUGUCCGCAACCUUCGCCUGAUCGAAAGCCUGUUUGCGCUUCAGAAGAUGAUCAUGGACCAGGAGAAGCAGGAAGGCGUCCCCACCAGGUGCUGCAAGAAAUCCAUUGUCCGCUUGGUGCAGAAGCUCUCCCAGGAAGGACUCCUGCGUCUCUACCGCACCACCGUCAUCCAGGACGGGAUCAGCCGGAAGGUGGAGUUUGUGGUGGACCCCUCUGUGAACCCCAGCGACCCUCUGGUGAAGAGCGCCAUUGAGCAAGUGCGCUUCCGCAUCUCCAACUCAAGUACUCUGAACAGGAUUAAAGUUCCCCAGACCCCGACCCCGCAGGAUCCCCCAGAGGAAGGGAGCCAAGACCCUGGCGGUGGGGUUGCGCUGAGGGAAAUGGAGGCCUCUGUCUCUCCGUGCAAGCCGGAGGCCGCUGGCGAGAAGGUGCGCGUCAGCAAGUUCAGCUACCACCCCGUGACAGUGGCAGGCCUCGGACGCUCUCUGGGCUUCCUGCCCAAAAUGCCUCGCCUGAGGACCACCCACCUGUUCCUCUGGUACCUGGUCUAUGGGCAUCCCCAGCAGAGGAGAGAAGGUGUCAGUGCUGAGCCCACCACGAGCACCAGGCAAGAUCCUGAGCCGAGCUCCGGUGCCCCCGGCAGCCUCCCCAGGGUGGCAGAGAAGGAGAAGGAGUCUCUGCCGGCACCAGCGGCAGCAGCAGGCAGGGUGGAAAGCCCCACCAAGAUCCGAGCUCUGGAGGUGGACGCGGACUUCACAGAUCAGGCAGUGUACGUGGACAACGCCACAUGGAUGCGCCACAUCCCUCCCCUCCCAGUCCACCGGGAAUUUGGCCACGGCUGGGCUCUGGUCAGUGACACCCUUCUCUGCUUGCCCCUCUCCAUCUUUGUCCAGAUCGUGCAAGUCAGUUACAAGGUUGACGGCUUGGAAGAUUAUUUGAACGACCCUCUGAAAAAACACACCCUGAUCAGAUAUCUUCCCAGAUCAAUUCGACAGAAGCUCCUGUACAAAAGGAGGUACAUCUUCUCUGUGGUCGAAAGCCUGCAGCGCCUGUGUUACAUGGGGUUGGUGCAGUUUGGUCCCAUGGAGAAGUUCCAGGAAAAGGAUCAGGUGUUUGUCUACGUGAAGAAAAAGGCUGUGAUUGUGGACACCACCGUCUGUGAGCCCCACUACAACCUGGCUCAAAGCAGCCGCCCCUUCGACAGGCGCUUGUACGCGUUGAACACUCUGCAGGAGGUCCAGAACUUCUGGUUCGACCUGCAGUGCGUUUGCCUCAACACCCCUCUAGGCAUUGUGCGCCAUCCUCGCGUUAGGAGGGGCGGAGGUCAAGCCGACGAAGCGGGCCUCUCCCUGGACGCCACCCUGGAGCAGGAGUCGGCUGUCCACAAACACAAUCUUGAACGGAAGUGCGCCAUGCUGGAGUACACCACAGGACACCGAGAGGUGGAGGAUGAUGGCUCAAUUCCUGGGGACGGCCUGGGAGCAGGUGGCCUGGAUUCCAGCUUCUACGGUCACUUAAAGCGCAAUUGGAUUUGGACCAGCUACAUCAUCAACAAGACCAGAAAGGAUGAUGCAGCUGCUGAAACCGGGCACAUGGUUCGGCUCCACACCUUCCUGACCAAGCGCGCUCUGCCGCUUGGCACCAGAGGGACUCCAGGCGGAAGCAGCGCUCCCUGGGGAGACGCCUUGGCAGGCCCUGAUCCUGCUGUGCAGAAGGAAGACCUGGAAGUGGAAGAAGAGGCUGCUCUGAACAGAAGCAAGCGAGUGAGGGGUGGGAAGAGCCAGAAGAGGAAGCGGCUGAAGAAGGAGGUGGUGAAGAAGGCCAGGAAGAGGAAGAGGAAAAGAGAUGGGAGCUGCGGAGAGAAGAGCAAGAAGGCCCGCUACCACGACGAGGCGGACCAGAGCGCCCUCCAGAGGAUGACCCGCCUGCGCGUCAUGUGGACCGUGCAGGAGGACGGCCUGCUGAUGCUCUGCCGCAUUGCCAGCCACGUUCUCAACACCAAGGUGAAGGGGCCCUUUGUCCCCUGGCAAGUGGUGAGGGACAUCAUGCACGCCAACUUCGAAGAAUCGCUGGACAAGACCUCCCACUCCGUCGGGCGGCGCGCUCGCUACAUCGUCAGGAACCCCCAGACCUACCUCAACUACAAGGUCUGCCUUGCCGAAGUCUAUCAAGACCUGGCCCUGAUUGAUGAUGCCCUCAGCAAGAAAGGCAACUAUCAGGACCCCAAAGUUUGUGCCAAAGAAUUUAAGGACUUUGUGGAGCGACUGAAGGUGAAGUUCAGUUCCUCGCUGGGGAGUCCCAGGCUGACCAUUCCAGACACCCUUGAGGAGCUUUUCUGCAGGUUCCGGGUUCUGGCCAUUGGGGAUGAAACCAGCCAGAGGAAGAAAGAAGACGUGCUGAGCAGCGUCUCCGACAUCCACUUCCUGGUACUGCAGAACCUGAUCCAGAGCACGCUGGCCCUUUCCGACAGCCAGAUGAAGUCCUGCCAGUCCUUCCAGACCUUCCGCCUGUACCAGGAAUACCGUGACGACAUCCUGCUCAAGGCCUUCGUGGAGUGCCAGAAGAGGAGCCUGGUGAACCGCCGCCGGGGCAACCACAGCCUGGGCCCAAAGAAGAGCCGAGGGCUGCCCUUUGCCCCCAUGUCCUACCAACUCUCCCAGGGCUACUACAGAGUGUUCACGUGGCGGUUUCCUAGCACGCUGUUUAGUGAGUCGUACCAGUUUCUUCUGAAGCUCAAGGAAGCCGGGAAGGAGGACCAAGCCGACAGCUUUUCUUUCAAAGACCCAGACGAGCCCUGUGCCUCAGAAAUGGUGACCUUUCCCUUGGACGGGCCCGGUGGCUACUGUGCCACGGUCCUUGCCCUCUUCUCCCUCGGCCUGGUCUCUGUCGAUGUCUCCAUCCCAGAGCAGAUUGUGGUGGUGGACAGCACCAUGGUGGAGAACGAGGUCAUCAAAAGCCUGGGGAAAGAGGGCCUGGAAGAGGAGGAAGAGGACGACGACGACAAUCUGGAGGAAGGCUCCACCAGUAAGCGGCCGAUUGAAGUGAAGGCGCGCCAGGCCUCGCACACCAACUACCUGCUCAUGAGGGGCUACUACGCCCCAGGGAUUGUCAGCACACGCAACCUGAGCCCCACGGACAACAUUGUGGUCAACUCCUGCCAGGUGAAGCUGAGGCUGAGACAGGUCCCUGCCCCCAAUGGCCUCUUGGCGCAAGAGCCCACGGAUCUGGAGAGGAUGCCCGUGGGCGUCUCCUGCCUGCCCAGCUCCUUCACGCGGCGGCUGAGUGGCCGGCAAAGAGAGGAGGAGGAGGACCCGGCCAAGCUCCGCCAGGCUCUCCAGAACCGCCAGUACAGCCCUGGCGACGUGGCUGCCGCCCUCGAGGUCUGCGCGGCCAUCGCAGCCCCUGCCCACUUUGGAGUGGACCGGGUCAACCUGGCCAGGCAGUUCCAGCACUACGAAGAGGCCAGCCCAGGGCGCGCCCGCCUCUUGCAACACUACCUUCAGGACCUUCUUGACCUGGAGCAGCUGUUGGAAGUUGGGGGCUACAGUCCUCGGCUGGUGGCAAGGAGGUUUGCUGGCCCAUGGCUUCUGCACUCAGCACAUCCCCAGGAGGACUUCAGCACAGGCCUGCGAGGCAAGGACAACAGCCCCCAGGGGGACCCCAUUGAGGGCAGCAGCUGGGAGGAGAGGGGAGAGGGCCUCAGAAGGUCCCCCUCACCAGCCUUGGCCGCGGAAGAGCCAGCAGGGAAGAGGCAAAGGAUAGCCGAGGAGGAGCAGAGCUUGGAGGUCGAAGUGGCCUUCCAGAGCCCAGGGCCCUGUUUGGAAGAAGUGGGCCGAGGGCCUGUUUUCGACGCCGGUGGGGCAGAGACCCAAGCGAGACGUGAAGGAUCAGGAGCCACGCAAGAGCCCGACUGGACAGAAGGCUGCAGCGGGGACCCUGCGGGGAAGGAGAGCACCCCCUCCUGGGGCAAAGAGACGGGGGUGCCACCUGGCCAGCAACCCUGGGAUGGUGGAACGCCUGCUCGCGAGCCAGGCAACAGAAAUGCAGCCCUGCAAGAGGUUCCUGGCAGCACCAGGGAACAUUCCACAGGGCAGGCCGCGUGGACUGAGGAGGGAAGAGCUGGCGAGACAUUUUGCUUUGUGGGUCGGCCAUGGCGCAUUGUGGACAGCAGUCUGAAUAAGCCUGUCUGCAAGGGCAUCAUGGAGGGUGUCUUGUGCCACAUCAUGACCAAGCCUGGCAUCACAGAAGCUGCCCUGCGCCACCACUACCUGGGCAUCCUGCAGCCAGUGGCUCUGUUGGAGAUCCUGCAGGGCCUGGAAUCUCUGGGCUGCAUCAGGAAAUUCCAUCUGAAGAACCAGCCGGCCACCUCGCUCUUCUCAAAGCCUGUCCUGGAGGAAGUGAUCACGGAGCCUCGAUUGAGCGAGACCCCCACCGUUUUCUACGAGCCUUGCGUGGACUGCACCCUGAAAAUGGGCCGGGUCUUCCCCUAUGAGCUGAACUGGAAUAAGUGGCUGCAGACGCCCCCCCUGUGAGGGCGGCCUGGAGCCUGGGCAGGAAGCCUUUUUGGCAGCUUGUGACGUCAAUAAAGGGAG